UUGUUUUUAAGAUGAAUUUCAACGACGAUCCACUGGCGGAACUACUCAGCGAUAAUAGCCUGGAUAAUGACAACUUUUUCGACACUCCAGCGGGAGGAGGGCACAAAAAACCGCCGAAAUUGACGAAACCGAAGGGAAAACUGGAGGAUUUGUUCGGAAUUCAGGAGGAGACCGAAGCGGAUGUGCAAGGUCAAGGGCCAGGAGCAAGGAGCAAGCCCAAUGCCACCAGCACGCCAAGGAUUGUGAAGCAGAAGCCCUCGAUCUCACUGGAUGAUGAUCUCGCCGAGGAUGAUGAUCUGGGCUUUGAUCCCAAGCGACCCAAAAGUGGUGGAGCCAAGAGGAGCCUCUUCGACGAUCUAUUGCCCAGCAAUGUGGAGCCCAAGAAGAACAUCUUUGAUGAGAUCCUGGCAGGUGAUGCCGGCAAGCGUCCUGCCACGGCCAAGCCAUCGAUGUCCCGCCAAUCCACAGACACUACCACGGAAAACUCGCAGGCGAGACCCAAAACCUCGACGGGCAGAAGAAGCUCGGCUCAAUCGGCCACCAUUAAUGCCGAUCCCUUGGGACUCUUUGGCAGGGAUACGAACGCCACCGUUUCGGGAAUGUCUACGCCCGUUUCCAGGAAGCGGGGAACCACCGCUGAUUGGCUGGGUCUGGAGCAGGAGCAGGAUCAGCGACCCACCACUCCUAAGCCACAAACCCCCAAAAAGCAGGUUUCCAGUGAUGCUCCUCCUAAGAAUACAGCCGAGAUCCUGCGCAUUCCCGACUCCGAUGAGAACGAAAUGGAGCCGGAACCCGCCAUACCCGCUGUUCCCGCUCCAUCCGGCGUCACUGCCUCCACCCAGAACAUCCUGAUGCUGAGCAAUCUCAAUCUGGAGAGCAAUCACAAAUUCAAUGCCCUGCAGCAACAGGAGGCGCAGCUGGUGAUUGCCGCGCAAAUGAAGAACCAGGAGAGGACUUUGCUGGAGAUGCAGCGGCGCCAGGAGAACCAGGAUCGCAAGUUCCAGGCCUUAAUCCAGCAGCAAUUACAACGCCAGCAGCAAAUGGAGGAGCACAUCAAGGGGCAGCAGGAGCGGAUCAACAUGCACAUCCAGCUGAUGAUGUCGCAACCUGUUCAUGUCCAAGAAGUGCCACCUGUAUCCGCACCCGUGGAGAAACCGGAUCCGGAGUCGAAGGAGCCCGUCAAGGCAGCCGCCAGCCAGGAACAGGAGCACUUGCUCCUGCUCGAAAUAGAGGCCAAGCGGAAUCUGCUAGAGAAACAGCGACUGGACGAGCUGGUGGCCAACAUGAAGGUCAACUACGAGCAGGAGAUCGAAAUGAUCGAUACCUCGUAUAAAAAGCAAAUAAAGGUACUGGAGGAGCACCUGUCCGCCGUAGAGGAUCGCCUCAAACUGGAGAACACCGAACUGCGGCAGUACUACACCGACAAACUGGAGAAGCAGAAGGAGGACUACGUGGAGCAGAUCUCCAACUUGCGGCAGGAUCACGAGGAUGAGGUCCGUAAACUGCGGCAGUCCCAUGAGCUGGACCUCGAGGGGAUUCGGCAGGCAAAAAUGCUGGAGUUCUCGGCGGUGCAAGAUCAUGGUAACUAUCUGGAGACCCUUCGCUUGGCCUCUAGCAAUCUUCAGGAGCUUCGUGACGGAAUGACCGGCAGCCAGGAAAAGGAACGACAGUUGGAGGCGCGGGAACGUCGACUGGCCGACCAGGAGAGGCGUUUGAAGAUCGACGAGGAGACGGCCGACGAGGAGAAGCGCCGCCUCAUGGAGCUGGUGAGCACUUUGGAGAUGCAACUGGGCCGCCUGUCCAAGGACUCCGCCGAGGAGAACUGGCAGCUGCGCCAGCGGAUGUCCAGCUUGGAGGCGGAGCGCAAGGCUUUCGAGCGCGAGAAGGACUUUCAUCGCGAGCAGAUGAAGCGGGAUGAGAAGCGUGUGGAGGACCUUAAGUCCCUCCAGCUGGCGGAGACGGAACGACUGCACCACGAUCUCCAGCAGGAGCGCAAUCAACUGGCCGUGGAACGCCAGCAAAUGGAACUGAAGCAGCAGCUGCACGAGCACGGCGACCAGGACAAGGAUCGCCGCGAGCUGGAGGCCCAACUGCAGGUGGCCCGCGAAGCCAUUCGGCGGGCGGAUGAGGAGCGGGAUCGCUGUCACAAGCUGCAGCGCGAAGUGGAGCAGCGGAAGCGCCUCCUUCUAGACAAAGAGAACGCCCUGAAUCUCAAGGAGGACGAACUGGGCCAGGCCACCGGUGCCUAUCGCCUGGCCACCAGUCGCACCCACAUGGCGGAGCACAAGGCUCGCGAGGCAGACCAGCUGCUCCAGGCCAAGCUCAAGAUAAUGGGCAAGCGGGCCCAAGAUCUUGGCGAGAAGGAGGCCCAGCUGGCCCAGGAACGAAUGCUCUUGGCGCAGGAUCGCAUCGCCCUGGUUAAUCUAAAGAAACAGAUUUUACGCAGCAGGUGCGCCCUCUGCAAAAUGGGUGCGGAGUCUGCCGAACUCGCCUCACGGAGGGGUAAUCCUCUGACCACCACUACCACCGAUCUCCCACUGCCCCAAAUGCCGCCCAGCAAUGCGGAGCUCCUGCUCAAAAUGUCCGCCCAAGAACCAGGACAGGUUCAGAGUGACAUUGUGGAGCGAAUGCUGGACGAGAACAUCGAGGCUUCCUACCGCAGGAUGUAUAAUGCCCCACCUAGCAGUUCUCUGGAUGAUCCCGACUAUGGAUUGGCCGGUGGACUGGACGAUGACUCCAAGGUGGCCAUGGAUCACGGCAGGAACAUCAACCUGGAUGACGCAUUUUUGGCCGACUAUAAAUAG